AUGAUGGUUUUGGCUCGGUUGCUUCUUGGUGUGGCACAAGGCUUCAUGUUCCCUUCAAUCCACUCUGUUCUUGCUCAAUGGGUGCCUCCACAUGAGAGGUCUAGAUCUGUUUCUUCUGGAAUGUACCUUGGUGCAGCUGCAGGAAUGCUUGUGGUUCCAAGCCUUGUGAAGUUGAGUAGCCCCCAAUUUGUAUUUUUGGCUGAAGCAACUUUAGGUACUAUGUGGUCUGUGGUUUGGUUAAACUAUGCUAGCAACCCACCUCAAUCUGAGCUUCCAAAAGCUACAACUGGGUUUGGAGAAGCGUUGUUGCUAAUUAAAAGGGGUCAUGAAAAGAUAGAAGUGGAGGAUCGGGACGGACGAAAUUCUAAUAGAACAGAGAAUAUCCCAUGGAAGAGUAUUUUUGGGAGCUUACCAAUUUGGAAUUUCACUUUCCAUUAUGCUUUGCAUGUGAUGAUGAAUUGGCUCCCAACAUACUUUGAACAAGGCCUCCAGCUUAGUCUUUAG